CUGAAUUUCGUUGGUCCAAGCCUUGAACAUCAGAUUCCCAAAAAAACACAGAUUUUCUUUUCCAGUUUGUGAGUAAUUUUUGUUGAGAGUAUGGCGAUGGAAAACAUGAACGGGCAGAUUGUUAACGCAGCGACCGGAGAGCCGAUGAAAAUGAAAAAUUGUCACCAAUGUCAUAAAAUGAGAUCGGAUGCUGAUGGAAAUUGCGUGACCAAGAAGGGAGCCACGACAUGUGUGUUGAAGUAUUGUCCUAAGUGCCUGUUAACCAGGUACGGAGAGAUCGGAGAGGAGCUGGCGGUGAAUGAUAAUUGGGUUUGUCCCAAAUGUAGGAAAAUUUGCAAUUGUAGUUGGUGCAGGUAAGUCAAAAUCAUCCAGUAUAUAUAGGCCGAGACUUUUAUCCGAGAUUCGGAUUCGAUCCGAGAUUCGAUCCGGAUCCGAUCCGAAAAUUCGGUUAUCUGGAGGGACCGAAUACGGAUCCGGAUAGUAAAAUGUUGGAUCCGUCAAAGCCAGAUCCGGAUCGGGAUACCUUUAUUUUUUAG